GUAAAAUCUUAUUCAAAUACAUCAUGGAAAAUUCUUUGUAAGAGAUCUCGACUAUUUACAUAAAUGAAUUAUACAUAAUGGCAGGGAUGCUUGUAAAUCGUAGCUAUUGUGUGAAGUUACAUCGGAGUAUCAGUCACAAUAUCGAUUUAUUCGUCUCCGAGUCCGAUCCUUGAUCUUAAAAAUUUAUUUUGAUCGAGUGAAACAAAAAAAAAAGGAAAAAAAAAGAAAGAGAGAGAGAGAUUCAUUUUUAACUCGAGAAACGUAUAGUACAUGAUUUAUAUAGGAUUUCCUAAUACGAACGAACGGAAGUCGAAGGGGAAGGUAAUUUGAAUUCAAAAAUAGCGCGUCACAGCCAUGUUGCAUCAUGGCGGACUUGUCUGUCCGUUCGCCAUAGCCCUCGUAUGUAUAUAUUUUGAAAAAAGAAUGUCAGAAGAACGUAAGUAGAGUGGGGAUAACCGAUUCUACUUUCUUUUCAUCUUUCAUUAUGUUCUUAUAGAAUUCGGACGAGGCAGAAACAAGUUUCAUGCAUCGUUCGUUAUUAUUUGGAGAUCUCAGAAAAAUCUUUCGCGCAUGCGUGAAUGAUCGAUCGAUACGUGCUCGCCUCGUUAAAAGGUACGACGAUGUUUUCAUUUAUUAUGAAAACACAGGGAAUCUCUAUUUUCUUCGAUCUAUAUACUAUACGACCUUCCAUAGUUUAUUAAGACUUUCUAGAGUAUAUAUUCUCAUUCGAGGUACAACCUGCUUCAAGUUUGUUUUAUUUUUCGAACUGGCACAAUUUUUCCAUCUUUGACCUCGUAUUACUCUUUCGUUAAUCUGUCAGCUGAUUUUUACGAUAAGGAUUACGGUGGAAAGAUAAACUAACGUAAAGAAACGAAAAAAAAAAGAAAAGAAAAAGAAGGGAAAGAAAGAGGAGUAGAGGAGAUCGAACGGAAAGAAAAUUUCCGGAAGUUGUUAUUUAGUGCCACGUAAACACGCGCCAAAUUGAAAAUGGCUUUGUCAGCUUGGGCCAGGAAACAUUCGACGAUAUUGACCGUCGGUGUCAGCAGUGCGGCUGGGCUAUUGUAUUCCUGUUACACCACGAAUAAACGGUUGGCUACCUUGAUUUCAUUGUGUUCCUUUGGUAGCGCAUGUUUACACAAACGUUACGGUUCUCGGCAUAUGCUCGAUACGAAUCAGGUUGUAAUAAUUACAGGCUGUGAUUCGGGACUCGGUUAUAGUUUAGCAUUGCAUUGUCAAUUUCUUGGUGCCACCGUGAUAGCCAGCGUUUUAGACAAUACUGGUCAGGGUGCAGAAUUAUUAAAGGAAAAAGGAAUCAUUGUAUUACCACUCGACAUUACAAACGAUAAGAGUAUCGAAAAUUUUUACAAAGACGUACACCUAUUGCUCAACAAAAAGAGAUACACUUUGAAAGCAUUGGUGAACAAUGCAGGUGUUAUGAUCUUCGGUGAAUUCGAAUGGCAAACCAAGGAUCAGGCGAAACAUCAAUUAGAAGUGAACCUUCUUGGGACGAUGAAGAUCACGCAUCAAUUGAUGCCUCUCAUCCGAAAAGAUUCAACCAGGAUUGUCGUUGUUUCGAGCCAUUGCGCGAGCGAACCUUUACCCGGAGUAGCAACCUACAGUGCGACAAAGGCUGCGAUCAAUGCUUGGGCCACGGCCAUCAGGGUAGAACUAAAGAAAUAUGGCAUCGACGUUGUUACUUUUGUUCCUGGAUCCUUCACCCAAGAGAGUAACAUUUUAGCUAAUCAACCGGAACGUUUCGAUGCGAUGAAAGAAUCGAUGACGUUAGAUGCGAGAUAUUUUUAUAGGGAUUAUUUUGAUCGAUACGUGAAAUAUUUUGAACCAUUGGCACGUAAGGUCACGCCCAAGCCCGUCGAGAAUCCUAGAAUUUAUGAAAAAUUUGAGGGAGCACUGUUAGACAAUUAUCCAUCGUCGGUUUAUAAAUGCGAGCCAUGGAGAUAUUGUUUCUAUUAUACGUUAUUUAAAAUUACACCUUAUUAUAUACGUGAUCGAUUGACUGAAUCAUUUGUAAAAUUACCUAGUUGGAAAGAAAGGGACAUUGAUGAGAGAUUUGAGAUCGAUAGUUCAAAGAAACCAAUUUUUGAGGAGCUUGCUAAGGAUUUUAGUUUGUUAGAAAAAGGUUUAUAGCAUACGGAAGAGAAAGUAUUUUUUCUUUCUUUCUAACUCCAAUAAGUUGUUCAUUUUAUUUUUCAGAGAAUGAUAUGUGUGUGUGUGUGUGUGUGUGUGCGUGCGCGCGCGUGGGUCUUCGUUAUUUUAAUUGAUUUUAACAGAUUUUUUUUUUAAAUAAAGCUUAUAUACGCUUUAUACGUAUAUCUUUUUUUCUGAUUUAAUGCAACAAUUUAAUUAUAGUCUUACGUUUUCUAUUUUAUUUUUUUAAGUAUAUUAUUAUAGGUAUUAUAUACGUGAAAAUCUCAUGAAUUAUGAUUACGUAAAUAAUUACUUUUGUCAAUAAGAAUCAUUGAUUCAUCCUCGUAGAUGUACUAGAUAAAUUGUUCCUUAAGUAAAUAAAAAUGUUCGCAGCUGGUCAAGCACA